UGUGGUUUUCAGUAUGUCGCACCAGGCCAGCAUGCGCUUUGCUCAUCAUUACACACGCUCAAAAUAACCUCAGGUGGCGAGGACACCAGAGUCAUGACUCACUUUGAGCAUCAAGACCAGUGAGUUUUGCAUGCUGCAUCUUUUUGGGGCUCAGGCUCAUUGCGGCACUUUCUGGGUUCGACAAACCGUUCGCAGAGCGAACACGUGACGAACGGCAGUAGCCGAGUAGCCCUACCUCAACGCCACACACAAUAGCCAAGCUUAUGACUAACCCCACAAUGAACAAUUAUCUGUUGGAGUUGUUACAUUAAUCGAUGAACGAAGGGAAGCCAUUCGAAUAACAACCAUGGCAGCCAACGUACAGAACACGCCAGGGCGGACCGACUGGGCGGAGGACGACGAGCCGGAUCUUGCCACCGCCCUGCCUCCACCACAGAUUACGAAGAACAAGGAUGGUACGGAAACAGUCGUCACAGUCUUCAUCAACGAAGAAGGCAAACGCGUGAAGCGAACGCAAAGGAUUCGCCGUACCGUAGUCAAGAAGAAGGAAAACCCGCGAGUGGCGGAGCGGAGAGCAUGGCCCAAAAUGGGACCGGAGGCGGGCAAGCCGGUUGGGCCACGACCGGAUACUACUACGCUGGGCGAGAAUAUCAUCUUCCGGCCGCAAAUGGGCUUCAAGUCUGGACAGGUGCAGGAGAAGGCGCCGGACGAGGAGCGGAAGGCGGAGCUGCAGAAGAAGAUGCAAAUCAAGUGCCGUAUCUGUCAGGGCGAUCACUUCACCACGAAGUGUCCGUUCAAAGACACCAUGGCGCCAGAAGGUGAGGCUGCGGGAGCACCGUCGGAUCUGGAUGAUCGAAUGGGUGGCGAUACGGGAGGCGCUGGGGGUGGGGGUGGUGGUGUGGGAGGGAGCUACGUUCCGCCACAUUUGCGGAAAGGCGCUGCUGGCAGCGGUGAGAGGAUGGGCGGUGGUAAAUUCGAGAGGGAUGAUCUGGCGACGCUAAGAGUUACUAAUGUUUCAGAGUUCGCCGAAGAGCAAGAUCUUCGCGAAAUCUUUGAGAGGUGGGGUCGCGUUACCCGUGUCUUCCUUGCAAAGGACCGAGAGACUGGUCGUGCGAAGGGCUUUGCAUUCGUUUCUUACGCUGAUCGUUCGGAUGCGGCACGAGCAUGUGAGAAAGUGGACGGCUACGGAUUUGGCCACUUGAUCUUGAAGGUGGAGUUUGCGAAGAAGGCCACUUAGUUCGCGUCCAUCAUUUGCGACAAUCCCAAGACUAGCCUGCCCGUCUCAUGGCUCCUGCAGGCUGAAUGGCGAUGAAUAAUCGGCGUCUGUAGAUAGCACGUGGCUAGAUAGUAUGCAUAUAAUCACAGCGCCAUUUAAAGCGACUGUAGCAGCGGAGUACCAACUUGAACCCAACUAUGUACGGAGACAAUGGCUUGUACGCACAAGGGUAAUACUGCU